GUCACUGUUUGUCGUGAGAACCGUACGGAACAUACAGAUACACUCUGUGUGGGCAGAAUGUAGAGAUUCAUAACGUUAAAUUAAGGGUACACAUCCUUACCACUCAGCUUUAAGGGAAUAAGAAUAACACAUGAAAUGAAACUGUACCUACUGACGACACACUAUACUGUCAUUUCCUGUUUUUCUGAGCUAAAAGCAUAACAACCGGAACUCACCUUGAGCCCCAGCUCUUAGAGAACAAAGCACUACAAUGACGUCACUGUAUUUCUAACAUGGGAGAAGCUUCAUCGUCUGCUGAACACAUCCGAUAAUAUCAGCAACUGAUAUCAGACAUUUCCGAUGGGCCUACAGCUUCUGAAAAUGAGCGAAGUAGUGAGGCCACAGUAUACUCUAAAUAUUUCAAGCCUGAAGAUGGAGGCAGUAUGUUCAACCGAAACAAUGGUAGCCGCCUACCAAACUACAUGGCGUCUUUCGGGGGCAGUAUUUGACGACGCCGUCAGUAUGUAGCAUCGAACAGUCGGAUAACAGACGAACGAGGAAUGGGAAACGAUUCGAAAUCAAGCAGUCGUGGCUUUAUAGAGAUUCUAUUCCGGAACUCGGCUGGCAGGACUGAGGAAAACUAUGAAACAUCUAAGAGUAGCCGAUGUUCCAGACGAGACUCAAACUUAGGACCUAUCUAAUAAGAUUCUACGGCGUUGCCGCUAUGCAAUUCUGCUCGGUGAAUCCCUUCGUACCGAGCAUCGAAGAUUCAACGUGACCCUCAUGAGUUAGUGCGUCAUAAAGCACUUUAUGGAGGCGUGUUCUUCUGCGAGGUACCAUAACCCAGAAAGUCACAACAUGUGUGUGAGCCUCACACCUUCACAAGGAGAACUGGCCCAGAACAAUGCCAUGGCCCCUCGACGGUGCAACAUCUCAGCGGAUACCCUUUACGCCUGAGUAAGGAGGACGCUACUGCAGGAGGAAGGCACGUAUAGUUAUAGUGCCUGACUGCGAGAGGCAGACGUGCUCAAGAGUGUGAACAGACUCGCAGGAAGACGUGUCAGCCGGCCGCAGGUGUUGCCCACACGAGCUAAGCCAGUGCAGAGCCAUGGCUGAGCGGAAGAACCGCGUGCUCCUUCUCUUGCUUCUGCUGGCGACACCCUGCACAGCUGCCAUCUAUGGCAGGCCCCAUAUCAUUCUCAUUCUAGCAGAUGAUUUGGGUUGGAACGACGUAAGUUUCCAUGGGUCAGAUCAAAUUCCGACGCCAAAUAUCGAUGCCCUGGCCUAUAAUGGCGUCAUUCUCAACAGCCACUACGUUCAACCGACCUGCACACCCACCAGGGCCGCUUUCAUGACGGGCCGGUACCCCGUACAUUUAGGUAUGCAGGGGAAUUCCCUAGUGGCGGCCGAAUCUCGGGGACUGCCUCCCGGAAAGAUACUGCCUCAGUACCUCAAGGAUCUGGGCUAUACGACUCGAGCGGUCGGGAAAUGGCACCUCGGAUUCUACAAGCCGGAAGUCACACCAACCUACCGCGGGUUCGACUCUCAUCUGGGCUACUGGAACGAUUACGUCAGCUACUAUGAUUACAUCCUACAAGAACGUUAUUCUGACGGAGAAUACAAUGGUUUCGACCUGCGACGGAAUCUGAGCGCGGCGUGGGAGCUGGCCGGACGCUACGCGACGGAUGUCUUCACUGACGAGGCGGUGCGUAUCAUCCAGGGACACGAUGCCUCGCCCCUCGGGCCGCCGUUGUUCCUGUACCUGGCGCACCUGGCCGUACACGCGGGGAAUCGAGGGAAGUUGCUGGAGGCUCCUCAGCAGGAGAUAGACAAGUUCCGACACAUCAGAGAUCCCAACAGGAGAACUUACGCGGCCAUGGUGUCGAAGCUGGACGAAUCCGUCGGGCGCGUUGUGCAGGCCCUCCAGAGGCGCCACAUGCUUGAGAGUUCAGUGAUCCUGUUCCUGUCGGACAACGGAGCGCCAUCCAAGGGGAGGCAGCCCAACUGGGGUUCCAACUGGCCCCUCAAGGGGGUGAAGGAGACCCUGUGGGAGGGAGGUGUGCGCGGUGUGGGGCUCAUAUGGAGCCCCCUACUGCAACAGACGCCGAGGGUGUCCAGCCAACUGAUGCACGUGACGGACUGGCUGCCCACGCUCUAUACAGCCGCGGGGGGUCAUGUGGCUAGCUUGAGACAUGACCUGGACGGAGUCGACCAAUGGGAGUCCCUGGUUUAUAACCUGGCGUCGCCAAGAAGGGAGAUACUGCACAACAUUGACGAGAGGGGGCGGACGGCUGCCGUUAGAUUUCACAAUUGGAAACUCAUCAUAGGGACAGUGAGAAGCAGUGCCUUAAACGGUUACUUCGGACAUGGCGAACUGGACGCGUCUUACCCUGCUUACAACGAGACGUCGGUGGUGAACAGCAUGGCGGGACGCGCAAUAAUCGCAGCGUCGUCUUCAGUGUACAUCAAUCCCACCAGAGCGCACCAGAUAUCGCUCCUCCGCUCCUCUGCCCAGAUAACCUGUCCAUCAAACAACAGCUUAGGUAUCCCGCCGUGCUCCGGGAAGGAGCUCUGUCUCUACGACAUCGAGAGCGACCCCUGCGAGUCAAGCAACCUGGCUGAGACUCAUCGCUCCGUGGCGCUGCGCCUGCGCGCGCUGCUGUCGGCACACCGCAACGCGCUCGUCAAGCAGAGCAACCUGCAGCCAGACGUGCGGGGCGCGAACCCCAAACGCUGGAACGGCACGUGGAGCCCGUGGCUGCUAGAUGGGUGCGGGUCACGUGCGAGCGAGGACGCGUACUUCAACGUGUGCGACAGAACCGAGCCGUUAUGACGUCACGACGGCCAUGUCUGUGACAGAACCACGCCGUUAUGAUGUCCGGCAGGCACAUCAGCGCCACAACCAGUCCCACAUGACGUCAAGACGGCCAAGUCUGUGACAGAACCACGCCGUUAUGAUGUCCAGCAAGCACAUCAGCGCCACAACCAGUCCCAAUGACGUCACAGCGGCCAUGUCUGUGUCAGAACCACGCCGUUAUGACAUCACAACUGGGAUAUCUAUUGCAGAACCAAACCGUUAUGACGCCACAACUGCCAUAUCUGUGACAGACACGUGAUGUGCAACAAAAUUUCUGAAGAAUGCCUGUUCAGGUUCAGUACCUCAGAACAGGUGGUUCAGCAUAUAAAUAUGACAUUAUGACAGAGUGAUGAAACGGUGCAAAUGUGACGUCAUUAAUCGUAUUUAUAUCCGAAAAUGCCAAAUUAUUGUGUCAACACCCAGACAUGUGUACAGCCAGGAAAGCUUUAUGCAACGUGUGAAGUGACUGCAGGGCUUGCCCUACGGGCGUCGGGUAUUCAGAGACACAACUGUUGUUUAAAGGACGCUUAAUGGACGACCUACUUUCGUUAUCAUAUCACAUGUACGUGUUUUUUCAAAUAAAAAACUGGCCAAAAUUCAGUAUACAUCCAACUUGUAAUUAGUAACCUGUGCCGAGAAAAAGCAAUAGAGUGAUGGGAAGUUGUAUUAUCUGUAUGUCUAAUCACACAGGGUCUAUUAUUAGGCAUAAAAAUAAAAGGUGGCACUGGAGGGACAGGUAACAUAGAAAAUAUUGCAUUAGAUAUGAGCUCAGAACAUCUGAGAAAGCUCAAAGUGGCCCACAAAAUAUAUUUUCAAUCCUUCCAACGCCAACCCCGAAUAUACACGUUUCUAUUUUAUUAUUAUCUCUUCUUCACAUCAGUGUUACAUACACUCACGCUACAGUCCGCUAGACCUGGCCGCUGUCAGCUCGGGGCGUGAAGCUGACCACUCACAUCCAUCCAUUUAGGAGGUUAACGAGGACAGAGCUUCCAUUCCCCUAUACGUCUUCGUGGCAUGGUGUUCAAUUAUUUAUAGCCCAGGUAUAACUUUACCUUUCACCUUUACAAGAAAAGACUAUGGGAGAAAGGAGGCGAAAUUAAUAGCACGAAAUAUUAUACAAAAAAUGAUCGGAUUUACCAUUGCAAUGUUUCUACACAGUCGUGUAGGGAAGUUAUACAUCCUCACUACGCCAAUCGUCAUCACACGGUGGUGGUUAGUAGUUCCGUGCUUUCUGCUUUCCACCUGGGAAUCCGGGAAUAAUGACAAGGCGGAAAACAGCAAAGGAAGAACAUGAUUCUCUCUGCCAUUGACAGAGGCUGUGGAGAUGAACCCGUGGUAUUGUAACCAAGUCUUCAUGGAAUUAUUUCCGAACACAACCUGCCAUAAAACAGCAGGUUUGCGCGACCUAGUUUUGCACUUAACGUCUGACUUU